UUGGAAGUAGACGCAUUUUUAGCGAAAUAAUGCAAAGUUCAGAUUUAAUUUCAAUUUAUUUCAUCUAAAAUUGUUCAAAUUAUAUUCACUCCUCAAAAAGUAAUCUUUAGAAUUUGAUAGUGCUUUCGCGUAGCAUACCUACUGGUCGUAUUAUAUUUCUCUAUUUUGAUCAUAAACAUGAAAUAUUUGUGCGUUUUAUUAUUACUGAGUGUCAGUGUGAUAGCGGCACCAACUCAAGAUGAUUUGGAUCACCAACUCUUGGUCGCUGCUUCGGCAGGCCGUACAGAAGAAGCCAAAUUUCUAAUGGAACACGGCGCCAAUGUUAACACCGUUGAUAAUCGUUUAAAAUCUCCUCUUUUAUACGCUGUUUUGAAAGGUCACAUAGAUACAAUGAAACUUCUAGUCGAACAUGGAGCCAGCGUUAACGCCGCUGAUGAUCACAAAAGAAGUCCUUUGCAUGGCGCAGCUUUGGGCGGUCACUUAGAAGCAGUCACAUUUUUAAUCGAACAUAUGGCAAAUGUGAAUGAUGAGAAUAAAUAUGAAGAGACGCCAAUCCACUAUGCUUCAAUCAACGGUCACGAAGAAGUAGUAAAAUAUUUGGUCGAACAUGGAGCCAACGUGAACGCAGGAGAUGACUACAAACAAGCGCCACUUCAUAAGGCUGCCUCAAACGGUCACGCAAAAGUGAUCCAGGCUCUAAUCGAACAUGGAGCAAAUAUAAAUGCCGUGGAUGUGUUCCAACACUCUCCACUCCAUUAUGCAGCUACGAAGGGUCACAAAGAAGCAGUCAAAUAUUUGAACGAACAUGGAGCUAAAAACUACUGAUACCAUAAUGAUGUCUGAUUAUUAAUAUUUAUUGUUUUCUAUUUAUAAUUAAAGCUCAAAUUACAUAUAUGAGCAAAUAAAAUUCUUAAAAC